GGGGCGGAGCUCUGACAGACCACAGCUAUUUCUUCUGCUAAAUCUCGUCUGCCCGGAGUCUGCGUGCAGUCUUUGGUCUAGCCGAGUUGUCCAACUUUAUCAAACAUUUCUCCGUCCAGGAAUACAAAAGUGAUGCUUCAUCGUGACCGUCCACACACAGAGGCACAGGAGGACAAGCCGUGACAACUUGAAGCCACAUUUCAUCCCUUCAAGAGGAGUAUAACUCACUUUUUUUUCCCGGGAAGAAGAAGACGCUGUGUUUUUACGUCCUCCAGUAAUGUCGGAUCGCUUUUAAAAAACUUCACUUUUCUGUCUCCAUGCGGGGAAGGACACACUUUGGAGUCAUUCUCGUGAAGUCUUGCCUCUGAUCGGAUUGUGAGCUGUCGUGUUUUCUGCACAGGAAUGCCUCUUUUGUAGCUCCAUGUAAAUCUCUGCUGCUCCUGCUGCUGCUGGAUCCAGGCUCUCGAGGAGGUUUCUGCGCAGUAACUUGGUGUAAAUGGAUCGCCAGUCCAGUUUCAUUUCCAUUUGGCUUCAACUGGAACUUUGUGCCAUGGCUGUUCUUCUUACUAAAGGAGAAAUAAGGUGUUACUGUGACGCGCCGCACUGCGUAGCCACCGGAUACAUGUGCAAAUCAGAACUGAACGCCUGUUUCACAAAGGUCCUGGACCCACUCAAUGCGAACUCUCCCCUCACGCACGGGUGUUUAGACCCCAUCGCUAACGCGGCAGAUGUCUGCAGCAGCAGUUCGAGAGUAUCUGACAUCCUCAGUGGGGCCUCAGCCGCGACGCUGGAGUGCUGCCACGAUGACAUGUGCAACUACAGAGGUCUGCACGACCUGGCCCACACCAGGGACUCAACAGAUCACAGCCGGUACCAGCCAGACAGCAACAACAGAAACCUGGUGACGCGGGUCCAGGAGCUGGCCUCGGCGAAAGAAGUGUGGUUCCGGGCAGCAGUGAUCGCCGUCCCCAUCGCAGGCGGCCUCAUCCUGGUGCUGCUCAUCAUGCUGGCGUUGAGAAUGCUACGCAGCGAGAACAAGCGCCUGCAGGAUCAGCGGCAACAGAUGCUGUCGCGGCUCCACUACAGCUUCCACGGCCACCACACCAAGAAGGGUCACGUGGCCAAACUGGACUUGGAGUGCAUGGUGCCAGUGACAGGACACGAGAACUGCUGCCUGACCUGCGAUAAGAUGAGGCAGGCUGACCUGGGCAACGAUAAGAUCCUGUCUCUGGUGCACUGGGGGAUGUACAGCGGACAUGGCAAGCUGGAGUUUGUAUGAUUCCUGCUUUUGGACUUUGAGACACAAACAGCCAGGACUGCCGCUCAAUCGUUGGCUCUUGCUUUUUUACUUUAAGAGACAUUCCCUUUCUUUCGUCCAUCGGACUUCUGGGUUUGUGUCGUUUUUUUUAAAACCAGUGGCGAAAAAUACGAGACUGAUCUCAUGCCGUGUGGUUUUUGCUAGAGGAGCACUUUACUUGAAAAUGAAAGAGCAAGGCAACGAAGAGCUGUAUUUAAACUUGAGCGGGCAGGAUUGAGGUGGAGUGAGAGCUCCGUCACUGCUCUGGAGGAUCCUGGACUUUCUACACUGAGCGCUGAAGGAUUCCAAAUCUGUCUUAUUUGCACAUUUGUAAAAAAAACAAAAAAGUUGUUGUUGCUUAAAACAAGAUUUUUACACUGACACCAGGGUACAAAAAAGGACUUGUUUGAGGAGUAAAAAAAAUUCAGUGUUUGACUGUAGGUGUGCACACUCCUCUGUGUACGUUUCAUGAUUCAAGCUUAAUGUAAAGAUUUAAAUAUAUAUAUAUUUUUGUCUGAUAAAAGUGACCGCUGUGUGUCUUGUUCUGGGUGAAUGUCCAACAUCUCUCUGUGAUCAGACUAUAAGCUUGAUUGUGAGUGUGAAAGAAAAAACUUCCAUUAAAAUGACUUUUUAUUUAUGUGA